AUGGAAAAAUACGUAUCUUUGACGGUACAACUAUUGUGGGAUAAGUACAUAUUUGAUUCAGAAAUCUCAGAGGGCGGAUUCGGAUUAGUAUACAAAGUCAAAAACACUUAAGAUCAGAAAUUCUAUGCGAUGAAAAUACAAAAUCUAAAAUAACUUAUCAACAAAACUCCAAAUAACUUUAGCAACGAGAUUAUCCGCAUCUUCAGAGAAGUAAAUACUUUCAAACUAAGCCAUUAAAACAUAACCAAAUUCAUAGAGUCUUACUUUACUCAUGACAAUAAAUUCGUCAUCAUUACUGAGCUUGCCGAGACUGACCUCAGAAAUUUCAGAGAAAAUAAUUCAGGUUUGAGCAACAACCAGAUAACCGAUAUUAUGCUUCAAAUCUUAAAAGGUGUGAAUUACCUUCACAAUCAAAAUAUCAUGCACAGAGACUUGAGCCCAGACAACAUUCUUGUCUUUGAAAAUGGGACUAAAUUCAAGCUUUGUGACUUUGGACUUGCUUCUCACAAUGCGGAAUCCAUUAAUUACGUGGGCAAAAAGUACUUUAAAGCCCCGGAAAUCUCCAACGAAGAAGAGUACAGCUAUAACAACUAAGUUGAUAUAUGGUCAGCUGGAGUUAUCUUGAACUACUUAUGCACAGAAAAUUAUGACAUAGAUGGGAAAAGAUUGAGUGACAUUAAAAAGAGAGAUCCUACUCAUGCAUUUAAUCUUCCUUCAACUAGAAAAAUAUUUGAGCCACUUUUAAACAAGAUGCUAACACUUAAUCCUGCUCAAAGACCACAGGCACUUGAAAUUAUAGCUGAUUUGUGCUUACUGAUCAAUGAACCUUUAAACAAACAUAUUGACGAAGAAGAAAAGUCUAAUGAAGCUAUUAUUAUCCCUUAGAACAAUCUUUGUUGA